GUUUCGGGUCCCGGGAUCAGUUGGGGUACUUUUGGGGAUCAUUUCGGGUCCUGGGAUCGUUUCGGGUCCUGGGAUCAUUUCGGGUCCUGUACAGCGAGCACUGCCAUUUAACCGAGUGAAAAAAUCUCCGAGCGGAAAAAAUGAGACAGCUCCCGUAAAACAUUGUCGGUCCUUUAUCUUGCUUUAUCGAGCUUUUUCUAUUUUUUUCUCUUUGCGCUCGACAUUCUGGCUCGCAAUAGAUACUGGGCCGUCUUUCACGCGAGACAGGAUGUCGAGCGCAAAGAGAGUCCCAUGUAUGGACUAUUUCUAACCAUGAUUGCAAUCACUAUGCUGCACUGCUCGAAUUCUACACAUCGAAAACAGAUGUAUGCUCAUUUGGCAGCUUUUUUUUUUGGGGGGGGGGGGAUGGGGGUUGAUUGUGUGUUUUUAGGGUUUAUAUUGACAACGUUAAUCCUGAAGAACACUCUCAGCUGAAUAUGAAAACUGGUGUGCUCUCUUUGCCGCGAUUCAUUUUUUUCUCUUUCUCGCCAAAGAACCGAUUGACGGUUCGUAAGACAUUCAAACGACUUAACGAAUCCCGGGCCAUUUAACCUCAGCCUCCCCUCCCCCUUCGAAACGGAACGGAUGUAAGAAUAAUGGCGUCCACCCAUCCCCCUCCCCCACUACCAACAACCAGCCCCCCCCCCCCCCCCCCCUCCGCCCUACAAAAUAGAAGGAAUUACUAAGGUUUGCGUUUGUUUUCAAGACAAAAGUCAUCUACGCCCAAACAAAGACGAAAGUCUUCUACGCCUACCCGUAAAUAGCAAAGGAUGCGGGCUCACAUUUUUAGAUGUUCAUUUUAGCUCUUUUUCGCAGCUAUAUUAAACCGUUUUCAUUUGAUUAUAGCGUAAAUGUUUGACUGUUGACCUUUGCAUGGUGGCAAUACCACUUGUCCUUUUCGGAACCGAGCCGUUUUUCUGCCCUUUGCUCUGAAGGUCUCAUUUUACAACAAGCUUAAUAACCUUUCCUAAUUUAACUCACUAGGUAUGAUUGAAGCUCAAGGAUGGUAUAUACAUUCUUGUAAUACUUUUUUUAACAAUUUUACGCAACAAUGAAUUGAUUGUUCUAUCCAACGUGGCGAUGACUUGAUUCAUAGCUUGACGUUUUGUUUUGAACAAUACAACUAUUAGUGUUUCAAACAAACUGUUCAAUUAUUAAAAUAUCCCUAUUAUUUGGAUUGAUCUAACGGUUUUUCUUUCAUAAAUAUUUUCACACCCGUAAAGACAAGGCGAUUCUAUUCCCUUGAUAACUCCGAAUUGAAUUCACUUAUAUAUUAUCUGUAAAUAUACCUUUUUAUUUAUUUUGUACACUCCUUUUCUUAGAACAGGUACAACACUGGUGUCAAACGUUAAUCAAUUUUUCAGGGUUUGCAAAACGUUGUGUAACGUUCUAUUCAUUGUAAGCUUUGCUAUGUUAAUACAAGCAUCAUAGUUCAUAACACUGCAAAGGCCAUCUCAUCAAAUUAGCCAAGCAAACCCCGAAACCUGCGAUGAACCAUCUUGAUGACCCUUUAUCAGAUUCUAACCUCGGAAUCAGCGUGUUUGACCACGGGAGCACUUACUCUGAACCGUACGAAAUUCCCUCUAUCGUUUCCUCAUGUGCCGAGAGUACCGGCAGUCUCCCUAGCCCCGAUACAGUUGAAAGCUCACAUCCGUCCGAAGACCUUUCAGACAACGACCCCGACUCGCCAGCCUCAUCCUCAUCUAAACCCCUUUAUAUUGACUGCGCGGUUUGCGGCGACAAAUCUUCGGGGAAACAUUAUGGUGUGUACACAUGCGAGGGCUGCAAAAGCUUCUUCAAGAGAAGUAUAAGACGGAGUUUGAGCUACUCGUGUCGGGGCGUCCGUAAUUGCCCAGUGGAUAUCCAGAACAGGAAUCAGUGUCAGUACUGUCGGCUGAAGAAAUGCCUCAAAGUUGGGAUGAGAAAGGAAGCGGUACAGAAAGGGCGAAUCCCAUCCACCCAUCCAGACGUAGGACCUUUAUCUGUAUCCAUGGUUGAGAUGAAUGGUCACCAGUCCUUCUAUUCCAGCUACAUUACCCUUCUCUUGAGGGCAGAUACCAUUGCACGCUACCAACAAUCACUCACACUGCCGUGUAAUAUCAAUGGUUUAGAAAACACCCCCGAGCUUGCAGCAAGGCUUCUCGUGUCCGCGGUGGAAUGGGCCAAGAACAUUCCGUUCUACUCAGAUCUCCCUCUGCCAGACCAGGCCGUGUUACUGCGCUCGUGUUGGAGUGAGCUUUUUACCCUGAACGCUGCCCAGCACUGCUCGCCAUUUCACAUUUCCCCGACGCUGACCAGCAACUCAUCUGGGUUUGCAGGUAACGGAGGCGGUUAUCUGAACACGCGUGUUAUGUCCGCAUUUGACUGCCAGAACAAUAAUAUGAAGCUCUUCGAGGAGCAGGUUGAGAAGCUAAAGAACAUGCACAUAGACUCGGCCGAGUUUGCUUGUCUAAAGGCCAUUGUCCUUUUUAAUCCAGAUAGCCAGGGCCUGUCUGAACCAGCACAGGUAGAAAACCUACAGGACCGCACCCAGAGUGCCCUUGAGGAUUACAUUCGAACCCAGUACCCCAAUCAGACCACGCGGUUCGGCAAGCUCCUUCUCAGGCUCCCGGCUCUAAGACUCCUUCGCCCGGUGUCAGUUGAGAGCCUGUUUUUUGCUCGACUCAGCAUGGGGAAUACUGUGGAUAGCUUGCUUAACGACAUGCUGUUGUCGGGUCUAGGGGGAGGGGUGGUACCCUGGUUACCAGGGCCCAGUCCCCCUCUGAAUUGUACAACGUCAAAUAUGAAUGUCAUUACACAAAUGUAAUAUAGCAUUUAAGGGAUAUUUCUUGAUAGAAUAUAUGUAUGAGUACAAAUAGUAUAUUUUCGUUUGUAGUAAUAAAUGGGACAACCCUUAA